AUGGCUCCCAACACGAAGAACGCCGUUGCCGAGUGCAUCUCGGACGAUGCACUGCUCCAUCUUCGCUCGUACAAAUACUCGGCCGUCGACAAAUCUCCCGUUUCCAAGUACAUCCUCGGUCCCUGGUGGAAUGCCUUCGUUAAGAUCCUGCCCCUAUGGCUGGCACCGAACAUGGUCACCCUACUCGGGUUUUGUUUCAUUCUGGCCAAUAUCGGACUUCUCCUGAUCUAUAUGCCGGAUUUAGUUGGACCGGGCCCGAGUUGGCUAUACUUCAGUUUCGCAUUCGGCCUUUUCAUGUACCAAACCAUGGACAAUGUCGACGGCAAGCAAGCGCGCAGAACUGGUACUUCGAGCGGUCUGGGCGAACUCUUUGACCACGGAAUAGACUCUCUGAACUGCACUUUGGGCAGUCUUUUGGAAACUGCUGCCAUGGGUCUCGGAACCUCUAAAGCCGGCGUCUACACCGCUCUCUGCCCGUGUCUCGCCAUGUUCUUCUCCACAUGGGAAACAUAUCACACACACACGCUCUAUCUUGGAUGGUUCAAUGGCCCUACGGAGGGCAUCCUUGUCGCCUGCGCCGUCAUGGCUAUUUCUGGAAUUUACGGCCCUGAUAUAUGGUCGAAACCCAUCGCUGGUCUUUUCGGAAGCCAGCUGCCCCAGGUGGCUGAGGCCAUCGGCAACACAUCCGUGCUCGAUAUCUGGAUUCCUUUUAUCGCUGGGUCUUUGAUCGUUGGCCAUAUACCUUUCUGUGUCUACAAUGUUGCACGGGCACGCCGCGCGAAUGGCUUGCCAGUCGCCCCCGUCUUCCUUGAGUGGAUUCCCAUGGCUGUUUAUACGCUCGCCAUCGGCUUCUGGGUUUACUCGCCCCAUAGCACCUUGAUGGAGGAGAACCAUCUUGUUUUAUUUUGUCUCACAUUGUCAUUCGUCUUCGGACGGAUGACCACGAAGAUGAUUCUCGCUCACCUUACACGCCAGCCGUUCCCUUACUGGACUGUCAUGCUGGUUCCGCUUAUUGGCGGCGCUAUUCUAGGCAACCUGCCCGUGUUUGGGUUCCCCAAGGUCACACCGCACGUCGAGCUUUACUACCUGCAGUGUUAUUUCAUUUUUGCCAUGGUGGCAUAUUUCCGAUGGGCAUACCUUGUUGUUAAUGCCAUUUGCAACUUCCUUGGUAUCAAUGCUUUGACGAUUCCCAAGGAGAAGCAGAUAGCGAACAAGAAGGCUCUCGAGGCUGCAAACAAGGCGCAUUGA